AUGGCCAAACAUUUUAAUUAUACAUUAAACCCAAAUACAAGAGAUGCAACAUCCAUUCCAAUAAUGAAGUUUAAAGACUGCAUUAAUACACUUCCGUUACCAGUAGCUGAAAAGAAAUUCUUGAGAGUAAUGAUACCCAGACUCGCAAUUACAGGUACUGUACUCGCUCUUGAAAGUUGUCUCAAAAAAUUCAAAACCCCAAACUAA